UUCGAUAUCACUCCGGCCUGAAUAACCUUGAUAUUGUGGAUCAUUGACAUUAUCAUUACUGUAUUCAUUGUCUUCAUUGGGAUCUGUAUUCAUACUAUUGGUUGACAAUAAACUGAGAUUGGUUGUGUGUGAAUGUUCGUAAGUUAAUUUACUCAUCGAAGGAGUUCAUUACUAGUCGAUCAUUAUAUACCAUUCGAUAGCGCUUGUCAAGGACCACAUUUACUACUGUUCAAAUUCAAAAAAGCUCAAAAAAUCAAGCUUUGUGAAAAUUUACUACUUCUAAAACAGGUUGACAUUGAUUCAUUCGAUUCUUCUGGAGCACUAUACCAAAGGUCAAAACCCUAGUGAAAUGAUCAUAACUCGAACAUGAAGACCUAUUGUCACGAAUUUAGUACCUUUUAAUGUUCUUUUGCUUUUUUCACAAAAGCAGAACCUACGAAGUUGCCUUCUUUGUGCUGCUUUUUGUUAAAUUUCUAUUUUAUAGUGAAUGAAACUCUGAUUUUAGAUAUACUACCGUAUGACGAUGAUCUCGAUAUAUUAGUAUCUGAAUAUGAUCGUUUGCUCCUCUUAAGAAUCAGAGAUUCCAUCGCAGACGAUCAACGCAGUUGGACAAUAUUUUCACCUAAUAACAAUAGUUUAGAUAAGUUUUAUUUUCGUGAAUCAAAGAAAGCUGGUAGCAUGAAGUGGAAUUGGCCGUUCAUCGAUCUUUUUGGAUUCCAAGAAAAUUCUACUCAUAUUUGGUUUGAGGCUCCAGUUGAUAAAAAAUAUAUUUUUCCCUUAGUCUUGAGACCAAUCGCAUCACAAUGGUUAUGGUCACCACGAAGUAUUUUCGGAUAUUAUCGAUCAUUACAAAAACGACAUAACGUAUACGCUGCAGCACCAUCUUUUGAUGAGACAUGUUUACAACAACGUUAUUCUCAUCGAUACGAAAGCACAACACAAAAAUUUCUAGCUGUUAAUUGUAGUCAGUUGCAUAAUAUUUAUCCAUAUAUUCGGCGGACAUGUAAUGAGACGAAGUAUUUUGAAUAUUUAAUGAUUAAUGAGAAGACACCAAUGUAUUCACUGAACACGGAUGAAGAUGCUUAUGCUCAUUUAUGA